AUGACUUCACCGAAGCUACUUGUGAUUAUGCUUUUCUCAUUCAUGGCGCUAUUCAUAACAUCCCAUGCUGAAUCCUUUUCUUCAGGUCGGAAGCUAUUUCAGCUUCAGUUUCCCCCGGAGCUCCCGCCGUCGUACCCUCCUACUCCGGAGCUCUCACCGUCGUACAGUCCUACUCCGGCGUACUCUCCUACUCCGAAGCUCCCGCCGUCGUACACUCUUCCUUCGAAGCUCCCACCGCAGUACAAUCCUGCUUCAGAGCUCAAGUCAUCGUACACCCCAACUCCGGAACUCCCACCAUCGUACGCUCCUUCUACGGAGCUGCCUCCGUCGUACACUCCAACUCCGGAGCUCCCGCCGUCUUACAGUGCUUCUCCGAAGCUUCCACCGAAGCACGUUUCCGCUCCUUCGCCGGCGCCUUAUUAA